AAUUUUCGGUGGACAGAGGAAGAUAAUCAGAUACAGAAACGGAGAUCCGAAGCCGAUUGAAGAAGAAGAAGAAGAAGAAGAAGAGAGAUGACGAUGCAUCUGAUGAAUGCGAUGAUUGCGACUCGGUAUCUGACUCGCGACUCGGUAAUGGUAGCUGAGGCUAUAGAGUUUGGAUCGAUAUGGUGGUUGGUCUACGCUGGGAUAUCAUGCUUUUUGGUCCUCUUCGCCGGAAUAAUGUCCGGUUUAACCCUAGGGCUUAUGUCUCUUGGCCUCGUAGAACUCGAGAUUCUACAGCGGAGUGGUACUCCCUCCGAGAAGAAACAAGCUGCUUGUAUUCUUCCCGUUGUUCAGAAGCAGCACCAGCUUCUUGUUACUUUGCUUUUGUGUAAUGCGGCCUCCAUGGAGGCCCUUCCAAUUUACUUGGAUAAAAUGUUCAAUCAGUAUGUGGCUAUAAUUCUCUCUGUGACUUUUGUUCUAUUUUUUGGAGAGGUUAUCCCACAAGCUAUAUGCACUAGAUAUGGACUUGCAGUAGGUUCCAACUUUGUUUGGCUUGUUCGGAUUUUGAUGAUAAUUUGCUACCCAAUUUCAUACCCAAUUGGAAAGAUUUUGGAUUGGGUAUUAGGACAUAAUGAAGCUUUAUUUAGGCGAGCUCAGUUAAAAGUCCUUGUCUCCAUCCACAGCCAAGAGGCCGGCAAGGGUGGCGAGCUUACACAUGACGAGACAACAAUUAUAAGUGGGGCACUAGAUUUAACUGAGAAGACAGCUGAGGAGGCUAUGACACCCAUUGAAUCAACGUUUUCCUUAGAUGUCAAUUCAAAGUUGGACUGGGAGGCUAUGGGAAAAGUUCUUGCUCGGGGGCAUAGUCGAGUUCCUGUCUAUUCUGGGAAUCCGAAGAAUGUUAUUGGACUGCUUCUGGUGAAAAGUCUUCUUACUGUACGACCUGAAACAGAGACUCCAGUCAGUGCUGUUUCCAUCCGGAGAAUACCACGAGUUCCUGCCGAUAUGCCACUGUACGAUAUAUUAAACGAGUUUCAGAAGGGCAGCAGUCAUAUGGCAGCUGUGGUGAAGACUAAAGGGAAAAGCAAGCUUCCUACAAUUGAUGGGGAGAAAGAUGAUGACAGCAAAUUUACUAGUGGUGAGUCUAAACUUGCAACUCCUUUGUUACUCAAGCACGACGGGAAAUCAGACAAUUUUGUCGUUGAAAUCGACAAGACUUCGAGGCCUAACAGUGUAAACAAGGAAUCUUCUUUCCGUAAUGAUACAACAAGUGACAUAGAAGAUGGUGAAGUUAUUGGAAUUAUUACCCUGGAAGAUGUAUUCGAAGAACUUCUGCAGGAAGAAAUUGUGGAUGAAACAGAUGAAUUUGUUGAUGUGCAUAAAAGAAUCCGUGUGGCUGCAGCUGCAGCAGCUUCAUCUAUGGCACGGGCUCCAUCAAUUCGGAGGUUGACUGGAAACAAGGGACCUGGAGGCCAAGGCCAAGGCCAAGCUAAGCAAGGACAAACUCCGAAGAGAUCAUCCGAGGAUGUUUUGAACGCCGCAAAGUUGCAAGGGGCAUCGAGUGAGCCCCUUCUCGGCAGCAGUACUAGAUGAUUGAUUGAUUAUAUGUUAUAUUCUACUACCUGUCCUAUUCCUAUUCUUAUCCUAUGAUGUUGAAGAAAAUUCAUUGCUUAUUUUCAUCUGAAAGAAGAAGAAGACGAAGAAACUGGUGUGUGGGUGGUGGGUUUGAUAUGAAGAGCGGCCCUCUAAAUUACUUACUUUUUUGGUCAUGUGUUGAGCAACAAAAGAAAAACCUUAAGAGGAGGGAGGCUUGUGUUGUUGAGAUGUGAAUAAGCUUUGUUUUCAAAGAUUUUGUAAUCUUAGAAUAUGACUGUUAUAGUGAGAUGUAAAGUGAGAGACCCGAAUGUUUUGUUUUUCUUUUUUACUUUUCAUAUGAAAUAACGGGAUAUAAAUAAAAAUUUAAUAAUUAUUGAAAA